AUGGCAGCCACUCGCAAAACUCUGACUAAAGAAUUAGUUAUUAAGGAAACAUGCCGUGAUGGUUAUUUUACUCGCAUGCAACGUAUUUUCGAUCUUUCAAAAACAAUAAACGAUGCCGUUAUUCAGGAUAUGUUUAUAUCACAGUGCGAAACCAUCGAUGAUAUCAGGAGUGAAUAUCACAAGUGCAUCCAUGACAUUAAUUCUAUAAAUAUAGAACUAGAUCCUGAAUUUACUCCUGAAUUCAACUCCUGGUGUAGCUUUGAAGACUUGUACUUCCAUGUUAGACGUAUUAAGAACAAAUUAUGCAAACCGCAAACGGUGAAUGCCACCAAGCCUAAAAUCGCGUUACCUAAGACCCUUCCAAAUGGAGCCUGUUUUAUGAAACAUUUCAUUCGACGAUAA